AUAAUCUCCACACUGUCAUCGCAAAGCAGACACCGGAAGUUGAAGGGACUAUGAAAGUCAAACUGUAGCAUGGUGAUCGUUUUCACAUAACCUACAGGGAAAAUGUCUUGGUGCAGUUUAUUUAGGAUAGUAACGUUAACAAAAGGUAUCACAAACAACGCCACAACGUCGCUGUGCAGGACGAGCGCACUAAACAGAAUACAGACAUGUGGUUAUGCUAAGAAAGUUGCGACCAAAGCUAAAGGCAAAGGGAUGGCCAAACAGGAGCUGAAAGGUCCAGAGGUGUGUACAGACCCCGUCAGACUCACUACUUAUGCAGUAGGGGCUAACAUCUUCAAGCAAGGAGAAGACCCCCAGCUGAAACCUCAUGACCAAUAUCCUGAGUGGUUGUUCGAGUUGAACCUGGGACAGGCCAAAAAGCUGAACGAGCUGGAGCCGGACACCUGGGAAUACUGGAAGCGCCUGAGGAAGGAGAAUAUUUGGCGUAAUAACAAACUGCAAAAGGGGAAGAAGUUUUAACUGGCACUGGACUGACAGAUCACUUCUUCCUGUACAUUGGGUUGCUUCUCUCUGGACUGAAUUACUGCCAGCGUGUCGUUUGAAAUAAUGCUCAAUAUAAGGAAGCUCAUUUUUCAAUCUAAAAAACUGGUGGCAGUAUUGAAACCCCUGCAGUGUUAUUGAUUUCAAUACACAGCAAGAGUAAGGCCUCAGACUCAACGGUAACUGAACAUCAUAGGCAUAACGACCUCAGAAACUCCUUUUGCAGUUGUUUUGGAGGUUUCAGCUAUUUCACACAAUCUUCUUCAGCAGAUGGCAUUUCUUUAGUUAUGAUGAGAUUUUAACAUUCAAAUUUCAUCGCUUGUGUGAUACGAACAAAAGCGUACAACCUGCUUCUAAGUCGAUUUUGUGUGAGAAUGUUGUCAAUUUCAGAAAAGUAGUAGUAUUUGUUUCCGAGAUACUGCAUUGGAUUUAAUUAAAUUGUACAUGUUUAUGUUUUUCAGUUUUUUAAUAUCCACAUCUCAAGUGUGAAGCCUUGCUCACGUUUUGACAACUCAUGUUGAUUAUGUUCUUUUGUUUUUUGCAAUCUCAUUAAAAAUGAAA